ACAUUCUAGUCCGUGCCGUUUUGUUGAUGUGGAAUCUUGUAUCUCUCUCCGUCUCCCCUUCUUCUCUCCGUUUCUGUGUCCGUCUGUUUGUAUGUUAGCGUGGAUGAAGGGUAGUGAAGGAAACUGAGACAGUCUCUGCGCCGAGAGACACUAUAGGAUAAUUGGAGCGUGUGAGCUGGUGUGAUGCAUCUUAAGGUAUCGGGUCACUGGCCCUUCUUUCAACCCGACCGAUGACAGGAAGAAAUGAGCCACGGCAAGUGCAGCAUCAGCUUUCAUGUGAAUGAACAGUUCCGCGUCAUUUGGCAUAUCCUCGUAUUCAGCCGCAUUAUGCCCGGUGGAUCGUGCGCUGCAGGUGCUGGAUGCUGUCUCGCGAUGUUCUGGCUGCUGGUCCUCGUGCAGAUGCCCGGGGCCCUGACGUCCGACACGGAUAGCGAUUGUUUGUCUGAAGAUGACAAAGGAUGUGAAGGUCUGUCUGAGAAGAAAAGUGACCUUCACGUGUGUGAUGAAUAUAGUUGUUCUUUUGGAGGAAUAUGCAGGUACAACGGAUCACACCUGGAGUGUCUUUGUCUGUAUCAGUGUCCACAGAGCUUUGCUCCAGUAUGUGGAUCCGAUGGUAACACAUAUCAUAGUGAAUGUUUUCUAAGACAAGCUGCCUGUGAACAGCAGAUCACAAUCAACAUAAUCACAGAAGGACCCUGUCACCCCGAUGCUGAAUCGGCAUCAGGAGAUACGGAUCUGGAGAGUUCAGGACUGGACCCCAGCAAAUUCUCAAAGUGUUCUAGCUGCAAGUUCGGAGCUGAGUGUGAUGAAGACUCUGAAGGCAUUUGGUGUGUGUGUAAUAUUGACUGUAGUGGAUACAAUAUGAAUCCAGUGUGUGGAUCAGAUGGACGGUCUUAUAGUAAUCCAUGUGAGGUCAGAGAAGCAUCAUGCUUGAAACAAGCUCAGAUUGAUGUCAAAUACCUUGGACAAUGUCCAGGUAAACACACACACACACACACACACAAACAAAACAUUAUCAUAGAGAUGAAUAUUUAUUGUAGAUACAAUAUGAAUCCUAUAGAUUCAGUGGAUCCAGUGGGCGUAGUCAGUGUGGGCGGAGCAAUGCCCUGUGCUGAAAUCAACAGCAGCUUUUGUGUGCAUGGAACCUGUGAGAUGAAAAAUGGCCUGGCAACGUGCAAGUGUAAUGUGGGGUUCUCUGGUGUGCAGUGUGAGCAAAGAGACUUCAGUGAAAUGUAUGUGGUGCCCAAUGGACAAAAGCUUCAAUACGUCCUGAUUGCUGCGAUCAUCGCUGCUGUACAGAUCAGCAUCAUCAUCGCUAUCAUAAUAUGCAUCACAAGGAUUCAUCCAAAAAAGCCACGAGGUCGUCAUCAGAAACAGAACCCGGGUCACUUUCACAAAGAAGGAGGCCGCAGGACUGUAUAGCUGCUAACUGCUUAACACAAACAACUGCACAACUAUCUUUUAACAUUUGUAUUUCAGUGGCCUUAUUUCACCCUGUCACUAAGAUCUUCUUUUAUUUUAAAAUCUCAACAUUCCGUUUUCUCUCCCUUUCUCAGUUUUGCCUUUUGUUAUCUCUCUCCCUCACUUUCUUCCUAGUUCAAAUGCAGUAUAUCCACAUGGUGAAAUGUUUACAUUAGUAGAUUAUUACAUUUAUUGAACAAAAUAUAAGUGAUUCUUUCCAUGCAAAACAUCCAAGCAUGAUACUAGAGUGUUUGUAUGUAUAUUUUUGAGGAAAUUGUUUGCUGUUACUUUCCUAAGCUAUAAGAUGACUGGAGGACAAUAUAACAGGCCUAAAAGUCCUAUAGAUUUACACUGACUAAGGGCCCUGAGCAGGGUUGCCAAGUCCCUGUUUUUUUACACAGAAAUGGGCUACGUUGUAAACUGGUAGGAAGCCUUUGAGCUGUUUAUGAUCAUGUGCAUAACAUGACCAAAAUGAUAACAGUUGAGGUAAAUUAUAUAGUUUAAACAACAGUUUACAACAUAGCCUAAUUCAGUGGGGAAAAAACAAGGACUUGGCAACCUUGGCCCUGAGCCAUAUAAAGGGACCAGAUUAACACUUUGUGGUGGACUUUUUUUUACUUUGGCCAGUAAGCAUCCACCCAUAAGCUAUAAGAUUUAUGACUGAAGGACAAUAUAACUGGCCUAAAAGUCCCAUAGAUUUACACUGACUGAGGGCCCUGAGCAGGGUUGCCAAGUCCACGUUAUUUCCACAGAAUUGGCUACGUUGCUUAUGAUCUACGCUGUUUAUGAUCAAUGUGCAUAACAUGACCUGACAUAAGAUAAAAGUUGAGGUAAAUUACAUAGUUUAAACAACAGUUUACAAAAUAGCCCAAUUCUGUGGAAAAAAUGCGGAUCUGGCAACCUUGGCCCUGAGCCAUAUAUAGGGACCAGAAUAACACUUUGUUGUAGACUUUUUAAACUUUGGCCAGUAAGCAAGCACCCAGAACACCCUAACAACCACAGAAACAUGCAAAAAAGAAGAAAAAAAACUCCAAGAAAGCCUUAGCAACUAUGUCCUAUCAACCACAUACAUUUCUAUUUCUAUUUAUGCCUUCUAUCCACCUUAUUUUAAGCGUAAGAGUGCUUGUGGCCAUUUUUAACUCAAAUGUGCAAGGCUUUCUGUGUUAUUCUUCCAGUUAUUUUAGCUGUACAAAAAUGGUCUAUUAUGCUGCUUGAAAUUACAAACCAGUACAAACCAAUUUGUUAUCAUAUUUUGAAUGAAUUUAUGUGAUCAUAAACACACUGGUUUGUAGCACAAAUAUUUUUACAGUUUAUUGCGCUUUGUUACUCUUCUAUUUUUUUUUUUUACACAUAGUGGCUAAUAUCAGAAAUCUUGCACAUCCACAGAAAAUCUGCAUAGAAAAAUAAGGUGGAUAAAGGUGGGAAAAACAUUGCAAUAUUUUAAUUUCGGCAAUAGAGCAAAACAAAAAAAAGUUUUAUAGCAGCACAAUCUACAACCAAGUAAAACAAACCUCUUAAAACUGAAUCAGUGUAAAGCGGGUUUUCAUAAUGUGUGACCGUGAAAUUCUGUGCAUUUAUCAGUCUUAUAAAAUCAGUUUGUAAAUCAAGUGACUUGUUAUCAUGAGAAGGUCUGUAUAAUUUUGCAUGUCAAAUCUGUAAACUCAAACAUUUAUAAAGUGAGUUUAAA